CAUUAAAGCACCAAUACUUUAUAGCAUAGUAGAAGUGCUCGAAAUUGUUGGAGAUGUGAAUGCGAAUAUGAACAAUGCACAUUAAGGGCCACCCAAAAUCUCUGAGCCCAAACCUACCAUGCGGAGCACCAAAACUCAGUAAAAGCCCAAACACACUAAAAGGAAAAAUAAUUCUUUAUUCUCCCACACAUUUGCUGAUCCUCCUACUAGUCUACCCGCUCUAUACAUUCUCUCUACUUUCCACACGCCAAAUCUCCUCUGAUGGGUAAAAUUAUUCCAAUAGACACAUGUUUCAUGCUACGUGAGAUUAUAUAGCGGAAAAGAAUCCAAAUAUUCCACAUAUCUGUCAACUAUAUACAUGUGCCAACUACAAGAUAUGUAUUCCACCACGGAAUCUUUGACUAACCUAAUCAAGUCGAUCGACAAAACAAAAAAAUACAUGCUAACUAGUAAGUAGUUAGGAUACCUGAAAGACAUGUUAGAUCAUGUAAUUCCCUUGUUUGCAAAUCCAGUCUGACCGGAAAUUUGCACCGAUAGGCGGGCUUUAACAGUAUGAAACGAAUGAACCAUGAUUUUAUCACAAAAUACUCUUACCACUAACUUUUUCCGUACAAUUCAAUACGAUUUUACAAUCAUGGUUUAACUGAUGCAAUCUUCUGAAAAGCAAUAAUAGAUAUCACAAGCUAAGGAUGGGAUGAGAUGCACAUGUUGAAGGACUGACUAACCUUUGCCAACUGUCACAGCUUCGGACUGCACCAAUCACUGCUCUUUCAUCACUGUUAAACUCAUCGACAUGUUACAGAAAUGAGCAAUCAUAUAAUGAGAGAGAGAGAGUGAGAGAGAGAGAGAGAGCAAGCAUAUGAAAUUAUGAAUAGUAGUGUACAAGCAUUACAGAUCUGAAAUGGGGCAGUGGGUUAGAUUAGACCAACAAAUCUCUCUGUUCACUUCCUCAUGCUCCUGCAUAUUUUUUCUGGAGGGCUCAUGAUAAUGUCCAGGUAAAACUUUGGUGGAGUGAGCCGACAGCGGCGACAGGCACAGAAAAGAACAACAACAACACCGCAUUUCUGAUAAGGGACUCAGUCAGAUAGCCAAAUAUGCAAUUAGGUGGUCCCUUGGCUUCAAUCAUGCCAAGAGGCUCAAGCAUUCAAAAGCAAAUAAUAGGGCAAGUACUUUCCCAACUAAAAUCAUGGAAGGAAUGAUAACCCUUGUAAUUAUGACUUGAGUAAAGGUCAACCCACAAUGAAGACAAAUCCAGAUUUGAAUCUCAGCCCUCCAGCAUGUAAUAAUAAAAGCAUAGGAUUCCCAAGCACACUUUUAGCAAAACAUUCUAUGCAUUAUAUUCAAGUUUUGCUAUGAUUACCCAAAAAAUUUAAGAUAAAAACGGUGCCUACAACAUAUUGCAUUCUUCUGCAAGCUAGCUUUGAUAUAUAGGUUCUCAGUUCAAUUGCAGAACUUACACCAUCUCAGGCUCAAACAUGAGCAGCAAGAUUCUCAAAUUCCUGCUCUUACCAUGCCUCCUGGUCAUUGCUUUACAACAUGGUCUCUUCGCCACUGCCAAGGUUCAAGCUACUGGUUCAGCCCCCUUUAGAGUCAAGCCUGCACAAUCCAGCUCCAGAUUGCAAAGGGAAGCCUCACAGCAUAGGGUUGGAGAAAAGAGGGUUCGGAAAGCUCCAUCCGGGCCUAACCCAGUUGGCAAUCACAGUCCAACCACAAAGCAAUAGAUCACUGGUUGCACUCUCCUAGCAAGUAAACAUAGCAUCUAUUCUUGUAAGGUAGAGUGUAAGAUGAUGGAUUCAUUAGACAGCAAGUCCUGAUGCCUAGGUUUUGUGCCUGUAUAUUAGUGGAAUUUAUUGGAAACGUCAAUGCCAGAGCAAGUAUGUAUAAAAUGUAGGCCUGUCUAAACAGCAUAAAUCCUUGUUUUUCAUUUGGUGUAACACAAAUGGAAUUCGUUGGGGGUCAAAGCAUGAGUGGGCUUCAAUGUCCUUCCUCAAAGGAAGUAAUUUUGAGCUCCAGAUUGUUGGUUGAAACAUACUAGAGAAGUAAGUAGAACUCAUAAAUGAGUUUGCUUCCUAGACUACUUUCAAAUAGCUGAAUCAGUUUACCCUAAUCAUGUAGGUUCAGGGACCGGAACACAUUGUUAUUACAUGGAGAAUAUAUAAUGAGUGAAUAAACAUCAAGUCCUAAUGGAAGGCUAAGAUAAAUGGAGAAAGCAAGUACAGGGGAACAAGCAAGAAGGCACUAGAAUCCUUAAAGGCCUUACUGCCAAGAAACACUGUGUAACUGUGUUAGCUGCAAUAAACCGGUUUCUUAUUUUAAAAUAUCCCUUGAAUAUCUCAGUAAACAACAUGAUGUGAUCAAAGCAAGUAGCAGCUUUGCUGCCAACUGGCUGAUUCCUCCUUUUAACUACUUCAAAAAUCAAUAUUGGAAGAUAUAAACUAUAUGCAAUAACAUAGCAAUGCUACAUCAUAAUAUCAUAAGGAAGAGAGACCCAACAGGUUCUGCCUAGUUUCAAACAUUCACAGUUAUACUGAAUGAUGCAGCAUAAAAAUGGCACUAUAUAACUGGUAAUUAACUGUGUUGAGAUAUACAGAACUCACCAAACAUUACAAUCAUCUUGGUAUAACUAAAUCUUUCUUAAACAGUACGCUUUCUUUUUGACCGUUUGCUUCUCUUUGGCUGUGAAACAUCAGGCACCUGGUUACCUACACUAGAAGCAUAUGCUUCUUCUAGCACCUCCUCACCCUGCCAAAGAGUUGAAAAUAUUUCUGGUAUUAAAAAUAUGUAAUAGGC